AUGGCUGCAGCUCAGAGAUAUUUGACUCCCCUCUCGAGGGGGGUUCUAUCAGCGUCCCUUCGACCACAGGUUGCAAGUCCUUCGUUCAUAUGUCCUCUCCAGCAGCAAUACCGAUACGCAUCGAAAACGGCGAGGUCAAAGGAUGGCAAGCCCAAAAAGAAGAAGCCGAUGUAUACGCAGUAUGAUACGAGAGAUGCGAUCCAAUUCACCCUGUGUGAUGCCAUGAGAUACCUUCGCGCCUACGAAGCUGGCCGAAGCACAACAUCAGUGAAAUAUGAAGUUCACAUAAAACUGCGCACGAAACGAGAUGGUACGGUGAUUCGAAACCAGAUCCGCCUUCCACACGCAGUCCGAUCCGAUCUACGAGUUUGCGUAAUAACUACGCCAGACUCCCGUGCCGCAAAGGAAGCCAAAGCUGCCGGUGCAGAUAUCGUCGGCGAAGAUGAAGUUUUUGAAGCUAUAAAGGCCGGAAAAAUCGACUUCGACGUCUGCAUCUGCCACACGACCAGUUUAGCGAACAUGAAUAAGGCAGGACUUGGCCGAAUUUUGGGUCCCAAAGGAUUGAUGCCCAGUACGAAGAUGGGUACUGUUGUCGACAACGUUGCUGUCACGGUGCGAAAUAUGCGUGCCGGUAGCGUUUACAGAGAACGAUCUGGUGUCGUCAAGUUGGCAAUUGGUCAAUUGGGAUUCUCUCCCGAGGAGCUCAGGACUAACUUGAGUGCUUUCAUCGCUGCGCUCAAGAAAGAUGCAGCAGCAAUAUCGCAUCAGAUAUCCAAGGAUAUCGCGGAAGUUGUAUUGAGCACGACCAAUGGCCCUGGCUUCAGUCUGAACGGCGACUUCAAGAGCGAAUCUUCUCCACCUACGCAUGAAUUGACGGGCUGUUAG